AUGGGUGCAGUUGAUUCCCCACCAUCACAGGAUGCAACUCGGAACACUUUUGACCUACCUCUGCUGCAGACUCCAAAGUCAACCAUCUCCAGAGAGGCCAGCACCCAGUCUUCAUCAUCAAUGACCAGCCAAGGCUGUGUUUUACCUGAAGGCAAAAUCAUGCCAAAUACUGUUUUUGUUGGUGGAAUUGAUGUUAGGAUGGAUGAAACCGAAAUUAGAAGUUUAUUUGCUAUAUAUGGUUCAGUAAAAGAAGUGAAGAUAAUAAAGGAUCGAACUGGUGUGUCCAAAGGCUAUGGAUUUGUUUCAUUUUAUAAUGACGUGGAUGUGCAGAAGAUAGUAGAAUCACAGAUAAAUUUCCAUGGUAAACGGCUGAAACUGGGCCCUGCAAUCAGGAAACAAAAUUUAUGCACUUAUCAUGUGCAGCCAUGUCCUUUGGUUUUUAAUACUCCUCCUCCACCACAGUUUCAGAGUGUCUGGAGUAAUCCAAACACUGAAACUUACAUGCAGCCUCCAACCACGAUGAAUCCUAUAACUCAGUAUGCUCAGGCAUAUCCUCCUUAUCCAAGUUCACCUGUUCAGGUCAUCACCGGAUAUCAGCUACCAGUGUAUAAUUAUCAGAUGCCACCACAGUGGCCUACUGGGGAACAAAGGAGUUAUGUUAUACCUCCGGUUUAUAUAGCCGUUAACUACCACUGUAAUGAAGUUGAUUCAGGAGCUGAAGUUUUGACAAGUGAAUGUUCAGUUCAUGAAGCUACUCCAUCCUCUGGAAAUGGCCCAUAAAAGAAAUCUGUGGAUCGAAGCAUACAGACAGUGGUAUCUUGUUUGUUUAAUCCAGAGAACAGAAUGAGAAACUCUGUUGUUACUCAAGAUGACUACUUCAAGGAUAAAAGAGUGCAUCAUUUUAGAAGAAGUCGGGCAGUGCUUAAAUCUGUUUAA